UGUCGAAAUGACAAGCGACGCGCAUCAAAACAUCAACGACGAUAUGGUCUUUUUAAAUUUAAAUGAGAAAGAACCAUAUUCACGAGCACCGCUGCCACGUACUAGACUCGCCAAUUUAAGCUAUGAGAAGCUCACAUUCUUCCCCACAUUCUGUGGACUUUAAUUCGACUUUAAAUAUGGAUAUAACAGAAGAGAUCAGUCCAGAAGACGCGGCCGGUGUUGAAUUGGAUAAUGCGAUAGCUUCACUACAAGAACAAAGUGAAUAAUCUUACCCCUCGCUCAGUACCCUGGAAAUGUUUGUAGCUAACGAAUUAAAGUCGCGUCAUUGAAGGAUCAACGUCGUCUUCAAACUGCUACUAUUCUUUCUUCUCAAACCUCAAAAUCCAUUUUGUCGAAUUUGCGAAAGCCUUCCUCCAAAAUCACAUCCUCUCAUUCUACUGCUCCCACAGAUUCUGAUCCGCUUCUCGCAAAAUCCGCAGCUCAAACGACUCAUAAUCUCGAGAAUUUAUAUCGCGCAUGCGCAUCAGUCACUUCCUUCCAAGUUCAAGAUCCUGACCCCAAUGCUGUGGAUAACGGGCAUGUAUUGGGACUUCGAAUUGAUGUUAGUAACGCUGGUAAAUUCGUUCGACCUUACUACAUUAUGUUGAACAAACCUUAUUCGGGAUCUGCGGCUUUGAGAAUACAUCGACACACAGUGCCUCCAUGUAUCCCUUUGGCUAGCCUAGCCGCGAAAUAUUUGCCGGCUCCCAAGACUGGCGAGGGUAUCACGAAAGAGAAACGACAAGAUCUGACGACAUUUGCAAGGAAAGUACGACGAGAGAUUACAGGUUAUCAUUUACGCAUUGCAUCUAUCAAGCAUUUACGGAAAGGAUUCUCUUUGGAUGAGAAAUUAAGUAGGAAAGGAAAGGAAAGGGAGCGAGAGAUAGCGGACAUCAGUGCGGCUGAUGCAGAAGCCAAGCAAGUAAGGAUUGAGUGGGUAGAUGGAAAGAUCGGCAGAUGCAUUGUAGGAAUGAAUGGAGAAGUUGUAAAGUGCGUCAUCAUUGGAGAGGAUGGCAGGGAUCGCGAGACAGAAAGAAGGAUUCUAGGCGGUGACAAGAGGAUGGAGGGAAUUGCCGACAGGUUGAUGGAAGGCAUUUACUGAAAAGAGAGAUCCCAGCUUGAAAGGGACUUUCGAAAGCUAUGGUCUUCAAUACUCCCAAAAACCACUACUUCAUCAUUGUAUCGUACUUUAAUGCCCGCAGUCUAAC